UAUCCGGUAUCUCUGGUGUCCUGCGGAGGAAGCGUUGGCUGCUGCUUCGGUAGCGGCGCGAGCUGGAAGUCGGUCCGUAGACUGGCCGUUCAGUCUCGCCGCUGUUAGGCGCCGGUUUCCAUCAUAGCACCACGGCCCCCUCCUCCAGCUCCGAGCCCGGCGCGGCUGCCCGGGGGGCUUCUUCAGCCUCCUUGACGCCGCUCCAAGGGGCACCUACCUGGCCAUCGCCUGGGUCUGCAGCCAGGGCACUGGCUCUCGGCCUCAGUACUCCGUGCCGCAGUAAGAAGCACCCUUGUCACCCCGCACCCUGACUCCCUCUCUGAGCCACCAAGACCCUUGUCCAGAGCGGCAGCCUUGGAUCUCAGACUAGACGGAUCCAAAACGCUCAGCCCCGGCACCCCCUCGGACGGAGCUCUGCAUCGUCUCUAAUAUGUCUCCCACCAUCUCCCUCAAAGACAACAGUCGGCAACGACGGCCAGGGACUUUCAACCACUCUCUGGAUAUGAAGAGCGGCCUUCUGCCGCCCGGCACCUGGGAUGACAGUCAUCUGGAUUUGGUGGGCGGAGAAGGGGACAAAGAAGCCCUUCUUUGGGAUACCGGCAUCGGUGAUUUCUCAAAACCCCCACGGAGCUGCCGGGCCGAAUUAAGCAGCAUUUUGCUGUUGCUUUUUCUUUACGUGCUUCAGGGCAUUCCACUGGGCCUGGCGGGAAGUAUACCACUCAUUUUGCAGAGCAAAAAUAUUAGCUAUACAGAUCAAGCUUUCUUCAGUUUGGUUUUUUGGCCCUUCAGUCUCAAAUUGCUUUGGGCCCCAUUGGUUGAUGCAGUUUACUUUAGGAACUUCGGUCGUCGCAAAUCUUGGCUUGUCCCUACACAGUAUAUACUGGGAAUCUUCAUGAUAUAUUUAUCCACUCAGGUGGACCGUUUGCUCGGGAAUACUGAUGGCAGAAGCCCCGAUGUGGUUGCUCUCACAGUGACAUUCUUUUUGUUUGAAUUCCUGGCUGCCACACAGGACAUCGCCGUGGAUGGUUGGGCAUUAACUAUGUUAUCCCGGGAGAACGUGGGUUAUGCUUCUACUUGCAAUUCAGUGGGCCAAACAGCGGGCUACUUUUUGGGCAAUGUUUUAUUUUUGGCCCUUGAAUCUGCCGACUUUUGCAACAAAUAUUUGCGGUUUCAGCCUCAACCCAGGGGAAUCGUUACUCUUUCAGAUUUCCUUUUUUUCUGGGGAACUGUGUUUCUGAUAACAACAACUUUAGUUGCCAUUCUGAAAAAAGAAAACAAGGAGGUGUCAGUAGGAAAAGAAGAUACCCAAGGGAUCACAGAUACUUACAAGCUGCUUUUUGCGAUUAUAAAAAUGCCAGCAGUUCUGACAUUUUGCCUUCUGAUUCUUACUGCAAAGAUUGGUUUUUCAGCAGCAGAUGCAGUAACAGGACUGAAGUUGGUAGAAGAGGGUGUACCUAAAGAACAUUUAGCCUUAUUGGCAGUUCCAAUGGUUCCUUUGCAGAUACUGUUGCCUCUGAUUAUCAGCAAAUACACUUCAGGUCCCCAGCCACUAAAUGUAUUUUACAAAGCUAUGCCCUACAGAUUAUUGCUUGGAUUAGGGUUUGCUCUGCUGGUUUGGUGGACUCCUAAAGUAGAACAUCAAGGGGGAUUCCCUAUGUAUUACUAUAUCAUAGUGCUGCUGAGUUAUGCGUUACACCAGGUUACAUUGUACAGCAUGUAUGUUUCCAUAAUGGCUUUUAAUGCAAAGGUUAGUGAUCCACUUAUUGGAGGAACAUAUAUGACUCUCUUAAAUACAGUGUCCAAUCUGGGAGGAAACUGGCCUUCUACAGUAGCCCUUUGGCUAGUAGAUCCCCUCACUGUGAAAGAGUGUGUAGGAGCAUCAAACCAGAAUUGUCGAAUUCCUGAUAAUGUUGAACUUUGCAAAAAACUCGGUGGCUCAUGUGUUACGGCACUGGAUGGUUAUUAUGUAGAGUCCAUUAUUUGUGUGUUUAUUGGAUUUGGGUGGUGGUUCUUUCUUGGUCCAAAAUUUAAAAAAUUGCAAGAUGAGGGGCCAUCUUCAUGGAAGUGCAAAAGGAGCAAUUAAUGCAUUAACUACUGGACAUUCAAAGAAAGGUUGAAUUUUAGAGUGGGGUUUUUAUAAGUAAUGGAGGAUAAACUGGGUGGGAGAAAAUGGCACUUGGUAUUCGAAGAAAGACAGACCGAGGCAGCGGCCUCUAAAAUGCAUGCAUUGCCAUUGGAAGCCUGUGUUGGCAUUGAUGUCAGAUCCUGAAGAACCACCUGGAAAAUCAUCCUGGAGACAAGGAGGCUACACCAAAUGAUAGACUCCAGUACUUUGUCACAUGGGUUGUGCAUUAUCAUGUAUUAUAAUCAAAGUGUUUACUUGAAUAAAGAAAAAACCCACU